AUGCCUCACCAGGACGGAGACCCCCCAUCACCCCUUACUACUCUCUCGUUCUCCGACGACAGCUCCGCAGACGAAGAUAGAAAUGAUCUCAAAGGGUCUGCACCAGUGGGUGGCGGGGACUUCGAACGCGAUGAUGACGGAAAUAAAGGGAUGGGAAGUGAAGACGAGGAUAGAUAUUCGGCUUCAGGCGAAAGAUAUCCGAAGCGCCACAAGGUUGUACCAUCUACAGAGGACAGCCCUGUCUCGCAGGAAGAAACGAUAGUGAAUUCUGCUCCCAUAAUUUCGAAGAAGAAGCGGGUCGGUUCAAAAGCGAAGGGUGAAAGAAACAGGGGCAAGCUGCAGACCAUGUUGAGGAUGCCUAUGGACAUCUUCUACGAGUGCUGCAAGAUGAUGUCCCCCAUUGAUCUUCUCAAUCUUGCUCGAUCGAGCAAAGACUUGCGCGAGGUCCUGAUGUCUCGUACUAGCGCAUUCGUGUGGAAGUCUGCAAGGCGAUCUCUUGGAGCCGAUAUUGAUCUGCCAAGAGAGUUCUCUGAGCCAGAAUUCGCAGCGCUAGUCUUCGCACGCUCUUGUUCUGAAUGUGACACCAAGACAACUAGAUGGAUUGACUGGCCCUUCAAACAUCGCCUCUGUAGCAAAUGCAGAUCGAAGAAUCUUUUUGACGCAGGGAGGUUCAAGAAAAUAUAUCCUAGUGCGGACCCCGCCGUUCUCGAUUUAUUCCCUUACUCUCAGAUUGGGCGUACGACCAAGAAUGCCACAAAGAACAAUUACUUCUGGGAAGAAGAUCUUGACGACAUGGUGAACGAGCGCGAAACACUCAGAAAAGAUGUGAAGAUGAAGAAAACAGGCGCUAUGGACGCAUUGUGCCAGUUCGACAAGACACACGGCGAAGCUGUGGCGAAUUACAUGAAGGUGGUCUCUCAUUCUCUUGUGUCUUUAUGGUUGACGCCUAGAUCUUCUUAUGCACAGGGUUGCAAGGAUAUGGAACAAUGGCACGACGCAUAUGAGGAUUACCGUAAGGCCGAAUUGUCUGCUGCGGUAGCUGCUCGACGUGAAGCGAUCAUGAGUCAUCUGGUAGAUCUAGGCUACGACAGAUUGGAGAUGGAUCGCCCCACCUUCAGUGCAACGCCCGCGCUGCAUUCGAGUAACCCACUUACAGAGCGUGGUUGGACCCAGAUCAGCCCUCAAAUAUUCCGGAAUUGGCGUGACCGUGCACAGAAUGAACGUACCAGGAAAGCCAGAUGCCUCUACGCCGAAUAUCGCCGUAACAUCCUCCCCGCAGAAUGGUUUUACCUACCGUCUCUGGAACAGGCCACUCGACUUCCUUGGUGCGCAGAGAUCCUUGGACGAGACGUCAAAGUGAGAGUGGUCGAGUCCGACUUUAACGUCCCGCUCACGAAUCUUGCAUCGUCGGUCCAAGCCUGGAUCAGAGGGAAAAGAGAUCAAUAUAUCGCGAUGUUGCCGGAGUGGUAUCGCAGUUUACUUCCCCCAACCGCUUCCAUGAUCCCCACCGUUCUCACUUCUCCGUUCGUCGAUGAUGUCCGUCAAGGCAGGGCUGUCGGCGAGCUGCGUCCGUUUUUGGGACCAUUGGAGCUCGCGAUGGCGGUAUUCACACUUCCGAAUAGCCCGACGAUAUUGGUGGCGAAGGACGCCUGUCAUGCGUGGAAACAAGUCGUGCCUCUCGAAUUUUCUGAAGUGGGGUCGGCAACUGCAUUGUAUUUGUUAUGGCUGGCCGGUACAGAUCCGACGACCACAACAGCCGUCCGGUUCGAUGCGCUGGACUACAGUUUUUGGUGUCUCAAUUGUUAUCACGCGAAUGGGAAUUCGUUCACGGGUAUGAAAUUGGAGACAUGGAGAUCAGCUAAAAGUGCCUCGUAUUGGACGAAGGAUGUUGGUGCGGUGAUUGCGACGACAGUGGUGAGGAGAAUGAGGAGGAGGGUGGAUGCGUUGGCGGAGGGGGCGGCGGCGGAGGAGUCUUCCGUAUUGUUCGCUUAG